AUGUACUCUCUGGGUCUUGCUGCGCUGUCUCUGCUCUGGGCCACUACUGGUGCCCAGGCAGCAGUUGCAAGACGGCCUCUUCCACCUCCCGUCACGGCCGAGUCGACAGCGAACUUCGGCCAUGCCACUUUUGACCAACUUAUCGAUCACAACAAUCCGAGCCUUGGGACCUUUCCCCAGCACUACUGGUGGAACUCCGAAUGGUGGGGUGGAGAGGGUUCGCCGGUUGUGCUCUUCACCCCUGGUGAGGAGGCUGCCGCUCAGUAUACCGGCUACCUGACAAACAGGACUCUCACUGGCCUUUACGCCAAAGAGAUCCAAGGCGCAGUGAUCGUGAUUGAGCACCGGUACUGGGGCAACUCAACCCCGUACGCUGAUUUGUCAACGGAGAACCUGCAGUACCUGACUGUGGGAAAUGCCGUUGCCGAUCUCGCCUACUUCGCCAACACCGUGGAUCUUCCUUUUGACACAGACAGCAGCAGCAAUGCCCAAUACGCCCCGUGGGUUUUGAGUGGAGGGUCUUACAGUGGAGCCCUUACUGCCUGGACCGAGUCAACCUCCCCUGGUACUUUUUGGGCAUAUCAUUCCACCAGUGCCCCCGUGGAGGCAAUCUAUGACUACUGGCAAUACUUUAUCCCCGUCCAAGAAGGGAUGGCGAAGAACUGCAGUCGGGACGUUACCCGCGUUGUCGACCACAUCGACAGCGUUUAUGAAGCUGGAAAUGAAAAGGAUAUCCAGGAUCUGAAGGAUAUGUUCGGUCUGGGUGACUUGGAGUUCGAUGACUUUGCAGCUGCGCUGGAGAAUGGACCCUGGCUAUGGCAGUCCAACAGCUUCUACACGGGAUAUUCCUCCUUCUUCCAAUUCUGCGACUAUGUUGAGAAUGUCGAUCCAGGCGCGAAGGAUGUACCAGGGCCAGACGGAGUUGGCCUUGAAAAGGCGCUCGCAGGAUAUGCCAAGUGGUUUAAGGAGAUUUAUUUCCCCAAAUCAUGCUCCAGCUAUGGCUACUGGACUGACCCAUACACUACCGCUUGUUACGACACAUAUAAUGCGUCAAACCCCAUGUACACCGAUCAUUCAACGGGCAAUACCAUGGACAGGCAGUGGCAGUGGCUGCUCUGCAACGAGCCCCUCUUCUACUGGCAAGAUGGCGCACCCUCCAAUGUCCCAUCUCUUGUCUCGCGAACCGUGAACGCCGCUUACUGGCAAAGACAAUGCCCCCUCUUUUUCCCCGAAGUUAAUGGUUACACCUACGGUAGCGCAGAGGGAAAGACUGCCGCGGGCGUCAAUGCAUGGACCCAGGGGUGGGAUUUGACGGACACAACUCGACUGAUGUGGGCAAACGGGUACGUUAUUGGCUCUCCUAUCUUCCAACUUUUAGCUCUUGGCUUCGUUUACAAUGUCCGCAAUAUUGACGAUAAAAUUCUUUCUAGACAAUUCGACCCCUGGAGAGAAGCCGGAGUGUCGUCAAGCACCCGCCCGGGUGGACCACUUCAGUCGCGGCCCUGGGCACCUUUGCAUAUCAUUCCUGGUGGCUUCCACUGCUCAGAUCUUAUUGUGGAGAACGGAGCUGUGAAUGAGGGUGUUCAGAAGGUCAUCGAUGCGGAGAUUGCGCAGAUCAAGUCCUGGGUAGAUGAGUACUAUAUGGAGUAUUGGUGA